AUGGAAGCGAGGUCUGAAACAACAAUGUAUUGUCGGUGCCUCAAUUACGGAAAUGAUAAGAAAUACUCUGAUUUUGAAGUGGUUUAUGCGCAUUUGAUCGUUCGUGGAUUUGUACCAAAUUACACUUGUUGGAAUAAACAUGGAGAGGAAUGGCCUAAUGAAAGGGGGGAAUGGGUUGCCGAUACCCAAGAAGGGUGCAGGGAUGAUGAUCAAGAUGGGCAAGGCAACUAUGAUCAAGAAGGGUGCAGGGAUGACAUCAAUGAGGAGUGCAUUUUGGAGUUCAGUGACCACCAGUUUGAUGCCUUGGUCGACAAUGUUGAGGAGAUGAUCCAUAAUGUCAGGGGAGAAGAUGAGAUGACUGAAACUGAGCUGCGUAAAUAUAAGCAAUUUGUUGAAGAUUCCAAAAAACCUCUUUAUCCCCAUUGUGAGAAGUACUCGAGGGUAACCGAGGAUCUGAAGCUUCUGCAACUAAAGGCUGCUCAUGGUUGGACAGAUAAGAGUUUCAAAGCAUUGCUUCUUCUCCUGAAAAAUAUGCUGCCAGAGGGGAAGUUGCUACCGGAUACUGUGUACGAGGCCAAGCAGAUUGUGUGUCCCGUGGGAUUGAAAAUUGAAAAAAUUCAUGCAUGCUGGAAUAAUUGUGUCCUGUUUCGUGGAGAGAAUGAAGAUCUGGACAAUUGCCCUGAAUGUGGAAUGUCGAGGUACAAGUGUCGAAAGGAUGGUGGUGAUGAUGGAGAGGAUAGCAUGGAUGAGAGGAAGAAGAAGGGGACUCCUAGGAAAGUUGCAUGGUACUUUCCUCUGGUUUCCAGACUGCAUCGGAUGUUUGCAAACAAGAAGGAGGCGAAGUUGUUGCGUUGGCAUGAGGAGGGACGUAAUAAAGACGGAAUGCUUCGUCACCCUGCAGAUUGUGCUCAAUGGCGACAUUUUGACAACACCUAUGGCUGGUUCGGUGAUGAUCCUAGGAAUAUUAGGUUUGCUCUGAGCACAGAUGGAAUGAAUCCAUAUGGAAACAUGAGUACAUCACAUAGCAUGUGGCCUGUUCUAUUGUCAAUCAUGAAUCUCCCCCCAUGGCUUUGCAAUAAACGCAAGUAUGUAAUGCUGUCAACAUUGGUCUCCGGACCGAAUCAACCCGAUGAUAGAAUUGAUGUGUUCUUCCAGCCCCUCGUCGAAGAUCUUCAGCUCCUUUGGGAAGGUGUGGAGGUUAGGGAUGCUGUCGUCAAUAAACACUUCACUUUGCAUGCUAUGCUGAUGACCACCAUCAGUGACAAUCCGGCUCAUCGUAAUUUGUCCGGGCAGAGCAAAAGGAAGGGUCAAGGUUGCUCCCACUGCUUGUCAGAGACAUGUUCCUUGAGGCUGAAGAACUCGAACAAAUUUGCAUAUAUGGGCCACAGAAGAUGA